ACCCGGUCCGUUUCGCUCCACAUUUGUUGACUCUUUUCGAUAGCUUGUUGUAGCGGUGCCUCAGGUUCUCGAUAUCUCUGCCCUUGGUUCCGUGCCACAAGGUAUCAUCGGUCUUCAGUUUCUGUCUGAGUUUUUUCUUCGUGUGCUGGCCGCGGGAAGUGUUCUCGGGUGAUCCUCAGGGAUUUACCUCAGACUUUAUCGGCGACAUUCGUUUUUUCCUGCACGCGUUUUGUUAGCGGUUAGCUCCGCCAACGCAUGCCCGGCUCGCUUCUAGCCACAAAGCCAAGACGAGGGUUCGCGAUCGAUGCCAUGUCUCCAGCAGCAGCUUUUUCCCAGUGAACGGUUUCCUCCGAAACUUCGUUUUGUAGAUCCAUGAGAGUAUAAAGUAUGAGGGAGGAACUUUGCCGCUUCAGUUGUCCGCCCUGCUCGAAAGUUAACGCCGCUUUCGCUCAGCCUGUGGACUCAAGCGACUCAAGAUGAGGUGCACUCUUUCCGGCCCGGCAAAUGGCUGACGUUUCGAUGCAUCCUAAACCAAAUCCGAGUCGCUUGAAUUUGUCUUACACCUCCAGUCAGAGGGAUGUGAAUUUCACUGCUCGCGUAGGCAACCUUUCGCGGCUUUCAAUCCGCGUGUGUAUCGACCUUAGAGACCAGUUGCAUAGCCAUUCUCUUGUGACAACGAUUUUGUGUGUACUCCGCUUGCGGACUACCAUGAUCUCUGGAGACUUUAACGCUGGAAGUAGUCAAAUUUGUCCAGUUUCCCGUCCUAUCUCACCAGUAGCAAGCGGCCCUUGUCCUCUUUCGCUUGCCGUGGCGUUUGUUGUUUCGUCUCUCAAAACACGCCAGCGCAUGUUGCCCUUCUCUGUUUCGGCCACCUGCCCCCUUGCCGACUCGUUCUACCUACUCAGCGUUCAAUGGCUUCUCUCGUCUGUCAAAAAUAACUCCGUCCUGCGGCAGCAACGCUGGCCCUUUCAGCUCUCUAGCAUGAGGCUCCGCCAAAUCGAAGGAACCGCCUGUCUACUGGAACUUACCUGUCCAUUCCCCGUUAGCUUGUUCCCGGCGUCUACCAGAUUUCCUCUCGUCUGUCCCUGUCUACCCUCGACUCCGUACGUACCACUCGAUCGCCGUUUCAUGCCCGUAGAUGAGUCGAAGGCUUCGGUGCUCUGAUUUCCUCAGGUUCUCCUAUUCCAUCACUCUUUGCCGCUUUUUACAGUCAACUGAAAACACUCAGAACUUCAGUCCUUUCCGUGUCGGAUUGUAGCAGCACCUCCGUGUCGGCUCAUUUCUCCCUGGUUAUUGACCACGAUUCAUUUGGGUACGCUAGUUCACCGUCGGAUGUAAUACGUGGGCUGGGUUAAAAAUGUCUCGAGAGAGUUUGUUCCCUAUCUACUAUCUAAAAUUGCGUCAACACCUUUUCUCCUGGAGGCUGUGCCUCCAAUUUUAGCCUGCUGGACUCUCCCCUGUGGUUGUGGCAGGAGCCGUUGGGAAACAACUGGAUGCGCCACUUCCUUUCUCCCUGCUGUUGUAUUUUCCUUGUUUCCUCGCUCUCUGAAGUAAACGGGCAUGUAGCACGCAAAUGCUGUAAAGAACUUUGGUAUUCGGGCCAGAGCGCAGCUGCUUUGCGACCUUCACACCGUUUCUCUCUGCUUUCGAACUGCGCGGCUGGUAUCGGCUAACAGCCGCCACGCUGACGAUCACGUUUGUGUCAAGAACCGAUUUCGACUCCGACAGCAGUUUUCCCUUGUUCAUACCCCUGUCAUAUUUCCCCUCUGCGCCUCGAGACUUCUGGGGAGACGCUCGUUUCCUCCACCUCUACUGUGUUGUUCGCGUCUCACGCGAUUCAGUGCCUUCCCUGCUGGCCAGCGUGCGCCCCCGACUGUCGGAUUCUUUGUUCCUCUGCAGCCUUUGCGCUCUCUCUUCUCUCCCUCUUGCUUCACUACCUUGCCCCUGCUUUUUCACAUUCGGCCAUGCUUCUCUCGUGAUCGUCAGAGUUCCACCCUUGCACGCGUUCUGUGUCCUGCACACGUCCAGCUAAAAGUGUUGAAUUUCAACAACAUACAACGUUAAGAUAAUUUCACUUCGGUUUUGUUCUUGGCGUAUUUUGCUCGUGCGUACCCUUCUCACAAUCGCCUUCUCUGUCCCCACAUCUCUAGUCCUCACGUCUCUAGUCCCCACAUCUCUAGUCCCCGCUUUCCUAGUCCCCGGCUUUUCUGUCUUUGCUUUUCUUGGAAAAGCUGCCCUUCUCUUCUGUGGCCCAACCGCCAGGCAUCGCGCGCCCGGCUUGUCGCGGCGGCGCCCGCGCUCUUCGUCGGGGUCCUAUGAUGGCAGAUCUGACACUCGAGCCCCGGGGCGCGGGUGCGUCGCGUUAUCUGAUGACAGAUCUAGAGGAUUUGGACUCGUCUGAAGGGAACAGCUUAGUUCCCUAUUCGCGGUUGGGCAAGUCGGGGAACACGGAUGCGAAUCUGUACUCAACUCCAGACAUGACGACUCGGUACCCGGGGUCGCGGGGCCUGCUGCGGGACGACUCGCGGGGCUCUGGGGGGCUAGAUGACCCUAUGGGGUUGCCGAUGCGGUCCCUGUCCCCCAAGGAUCUGGGGGGCCGGGGCGGCCCGCGCCUGUCUCCCGCCGAGCUGAAGGCCCAGGUGAGGCUCCGUAACAUGUGCGGGAAACCUCUGCGCCCAGACGACGUGCUCGUGACGCGGAUCUUGACGGGGGAAAAGAGCUACUGGGAGGCACUGGACGAGAUGCGGAACCUGUGUGCAAGUCUGACAGUGGAGAACGAGAAGCUCAAGACCGGCAACGCGAAGGCGACGACCAAGGCGCUGGAAGUCGAGCAGAAGAGCCGCGCCGAGAUCCGGAGACUACAGACUCUGCAGCGCGUGACCCGGGACGAACUGGAGAUGAAGCUACAAGACUUGACGGCGGAAAACGUUCGACUGCGGCAGUCGCGAGACGUCGAGAGGGCGCUCCAGGAGCAGAAGGUUCACAUGCAGAAGCAAAUAGAACGGUUGAAACAGGACAGUGAAGAGAAGGGACGCUUGGCGGCGCAGCGCGCUCGCGAGAUUCACCACCUGAAGGAGGAGACGCAGCGUAGCACGGAUGAGGCUGAAGCGUUGAAGGGCCGCGUCGAGAGCCUCCAGGCGAAGCUCGCUGAGGCGAUCUCGCAGAAGAACCUCCUGCUGAUUCGCGUGAAGAAAGACAUUCGAGACAUCCAGGACUCGGCGCAGCAGGCGCGGGAGGCCGUGCUCGCUGAGAAGGCGCGCAGCGAGCAGCAAGCCGCCGAAGUCGAAAAACAUGCGCAGAUGCAGCUCCAGCUGCACGAGCGAAAGAUCCGCGAUCUCCAGCAAACGGUGGCAUCGGAGGAGAGCCAGGGCGAGUAUUACAGACGAAAGUACGAGGAGGCAUCCAAGCAGCUGGCCAAGCUGAAGACACAGUUCGACAGCACGCAAAACAAGACAGAGACAGACAUCGCAUUGCGAGAACGGAAGCUCCAAGAACUGAGCGAGAGCCUGAACGCUGCGCAGAAGGCCAGAGACCGCAGUGCGCAGGAACUCAAUGCUAUGCGCUCCAAGUACAACAUUCUCAGGGGAGAACUCGAGAAGGCGGAACAGAGACGAAACCACGCCGAACAGGAGGCCAUUCGAGCCGGGGCUCAAGUCGAGACGAUGGACGUCGGCCGGAGCACGCUGGAGGCAAAAGUGAGUGAGCUUCAGCUCGAACGAUCUGGCCUCAUGGAGAAGCUUCAACUCGCAGAAAAGGAGGUGUCCGAACUGCGAGAAGCGAAGAACAAAAUCAAAGCUUCUCUGGACCUCGCGUACCAGAAGGAACAGUUCAGACUGUUGGAGGAGAACAGCCGCAUCGGCACCGACUUGAAAGUCGCGCAGCAACAGCUCGACACGGUCACGCGACAAAAGGAGCAGCUUCAGACCGACGCAGAGCGCCUGCGGGGAGCCGAGGAAGAACUGCGAGAGAUGCAAGUUGACUUCCUCAAAAUGAAAACGACACUGCAACUCGUCCAGGGGCGCCCCUGCGACAACGCUAAGGUCGUUGCCGAUGGCGUUGUCAACGCCCUUCGAGCGUACGCGGAACUCAAAAAGGCAACUGAAACUCAGGAGCAGUCGAUGGCAUCUCUCUCUCAGCAGAACCAAGCGUUGAGUCAGAAGGCGAAUGAGGCUGCGACGCUGACGCGAGAAAUGCUUACACUUGAGUCUGAGAAUCGGUCUCUGAACGAACACAUUGCGAGUCUGACAGCCGAACUGCGGAAGAUCGGAGACCAGCAGACGGCGCUGCAGUUGGAGAAGGAGGCGCAGGACGAAGCCUUUCGCCAGCAGAUCGAACGCGUGCAGAAAGAAGCUGAAGCGCGUCGGCGAGAACUGGACCACCAGCUCGAACAGGCGAAGGAGAGGCAUCGUCAGGAGACCACGAAGCUGACGGCAGAGUUGGAUCGUGUGAAGAAACUGCACGACGCCGAGAAGAAGCGCACCAGCGAGCUGCAGGUGCAGGUGGAAGAUGUGAAGGCGGAGGCGACUCAACACACCGAGGGUCUGGAGAAGAGGUACCAAGAGCAGCUCCGAGAGCGGAACGCGCAGAUCGAGGCCUUGAGCUCUGAGCGGGAAGAGUUCGCUGCGGAGACGAGGGCUGAGAUUCAGCAGCUGAAGAAAACACAUGCAGAUGCGUUGAAGGCGGCCCGGGCAGACCGGGACAAAGUCCUGGCUGAGCGAGAAAGCCACUACCAGCAGCAACUCGAAGAGAUGCGCACGCGCCAGGAGCAACAUGCUGCGUCGCAGCAUCACCAAAGGCAAGAGCUGCAGCAGCGCCUGCAGCAGUUGGAACUUUCGUUCCAAGAAACCGAAGCGAAUCUGCGUCGCGAGGUGGACGCGAAGGCCGCCGAUGUGCGGUCGCUGCAGGGACAGAAGGAGAAGCUGGAGCGCGAGCUGGGCGCUGUGAAGGAGCGCCUGGAGGACGAACAGCGAAGCGCAGAUAGGAACCUGGAGCGCGUCAAGCGCGAGAGACAACAGGACGUCGAGAGACUGCAAAAGGAACUGGACGACGCGACGCGACUCGCCGCCGAAGCUGAACGCACAGCUGCAGAGAAGAUCCAGAGUCUCGAGACAGACGUGAAGAACACUCGAGACCAGUUGAAGAAGGCAAAUGCAGGCAGCGAAGAGAAAGAAAGCCUUUUGGAGGCUUCAAAGACCAGGUACGCAGACCUCGAGAACAAACACAACGACGUGGUGCAGAAGUUCAAUGACCUCUCGGAGGAAAACAAGAAGCUCAAGAAGGACUUGAGCGCGGCAGCUGACGACAAAGAGGCGAAGGAAAAGCAAAUCAAGAAACUGACGGACGCACAGGCUCGAGACCAACAGGAAAUUGCGGCCAUCAAACAAAAGGAGAGAGAAGCUAUCGCCGCGGGAGACCGCCUAAACGCAGAAAUCGAAAAACUGAAGGCGGAACACCGCUCUGCAGAGUUGAAGCUCAAAAAUGACAUCGAUGCUGUCACCACGGAUAAAGAGGCAGUCGAGGCGAAGCUGGCGCAAGUUCAAAAGAUGCACAAGGAAGAAGCUGAGGCGCUGAAUAGUCGCAUCGCCCAGCUGACAAAGGAGAAAGCGGACCUCGAGAAGGCCCAGCGGAACCUGGAGGAGGAGAAAGCUGCCCUAGAACAGGAAAAGCGAAAGGCUGCAAGUGAAGCAAAGGUGAAGCAAGACCUCCUUGAGCAAAAGAUCGCCGAACUUCAGAAACAAAAUCAAAACCUCGAGAAUGGGCUGAGAGCGGCGAAGGCCGCUGGAGCAGCAGCUGCCGCGAGGCCUGCCCCCGGCGCGCCAGGUCAGGCCCCGCCCGCAGCUCAGGCACCACAAGCCGGCGCACCCCCGGCUGAAGAAGGAGGCCUUUUCUCGUGGUGGGGAGGCGGAGCGGCAGAAGCUCCACCAGAGGCGCCUGCCAGUAGCGCCGGCGCACCAGCCGAGGCAGCACCCGCGCCAGCUGCCGAGGCUGAGAGUUCCAGUUGGGGCUGGUGGUAAUGAGUUGAAUCACACAACACAGCCAAGAAGAAAUGAAAAGCAGGGAAGGAAGAACGCGCCACAUGCGGCCACCAUCAUGUGGAUGUCUGCUUUCGCUGCCAACAGGGAUGUCACUGAUGCCUACGCAAGCAUUUUAUGCUUAUCGAUAUAUAUAUAUAUAUAUAUAUAUACAUAUAUGUAUACAUAUAUGUAUGCACAUACAUGUAUAUGUAUAGAGCUGUGUAUACGUUAUUUGUCAGUCGACACUUUUUGUUUAGUGUUGGAGAGAGAAUUUGAAGCCUGGAAGAAAAUUCCUUUGAGGAGGACUUGCGGGUACGUUCGCAUGUAGCUCACGUAUCUGUUUUGUGUCUCCAGUGCGUUUGUUGAUUUUAUGCACGAUCGCAGACACGCGGGUGUACGAGCCUAAUGAGCAUGCAUGCACAGGUACUGAAGCACGCACCGAAACAGCGUACUCGUCCUCUCCUUUUUGGCAGGCUCACGGACAUGUAGGUGAUACGCGUACAUGUACAUAUAUGGAUAUGCAUAGAAGAACUUCUCCACAUGCAAAGCCAUGGAUGUGCACACAGUCGCCCAUUCCUAGGUAGAUGGGCAUGUGUAGCAUUGCGUUUCAAGGGUGUUCUCAUCUCUCACCACUACGCGUCAAAACAACAAAUGAAGAUGGCAUGCUGGAGUAGUCUUCGACGCGGCGAUGCUGUAUUUGUGGGCUCGUACCUGGUUUCUGUCCGUGCUUUCGUCUCUUAUUCCAUCUUCUAUCUCUCUCUUCUGUUACUGGUACCCAUAUUCAACUGUGACCACUUGCACACUGUCCUCUUUCUCGCCUUCUUGUUGUCUCCUCUCUGAGGCCCAUUUGACCUUUCCCCCCGUUUCUCUCGUUUCGAGACUCCGCCUUUUCUGAGACGACAUGGAGUUCACAAAGGCUGUUCUCUUUGUCGGAGUUGUUUUCCCGCUUGCGUUGUCUUCUGUUUGCACAUCGGGAUCCAAGUUUCUUGUGAAGCUCCUUUGCGUUAGAUCCUUUCUCACGUCCACGAUUAAGCGCUGCGUAGUACAUGCUCUUCGACAGAGGACCGGGAGACAGCCUCAACAUCUUUCACUGGAUUCCUGUUUCUUUCACUCGUUGUGUAAAAGGAACGAUUUCUGUUUCGUGGCCCAAGCCAGUUUUUUCUCCUUUCACUCUCGCUUUUGCUGCACUGAGAGGGGAGGCUCCAGCACGGACAAGGGGAAACUCGCCUCCCUCCCGUUGUGCUCUGUCAAUAUUUGUCGUUUGUCCGUCCAAAACAGACUGAAUCAUGGCGUUAUUCGCCGUCUACUGACGUUGUCAAGGCUAAACGCGUCCCC